GUUAAUGAGGACCCGAAGCCUUCCAGCAAAAUCAUCCAGCCAUAUAAUAAAGAAUUUCGCUGUACCAGCUUGAACCAUCAAGCAGUUUGUUUGAAAACACAAAGCUUCUCCCACGUGACUCAGUGAAGGUAAACAGUAAACACUUCGCUACAGCGUGUCGAUUUUGUCUUCGAAAAAAAUUAAGAAAUCUUUUAGCUCAUGGAACAUUUAGAAGAUAUUGAAGACUUAUUAUUGUCGCAAAUUAUAUCUCCCAAAGAACGCUAUGCAAGGAAAAAAAAUGUUACGGUCAGACCACGCGAUAAAUUUAGAAACGAAGAAUUCAAAAGCACGAUUGAGAAAAUUGUUAUUUCAAAUAUUGUUCCAGAAACUCAAAAAAUUUUUUUGAAAACUUGGGGAUGUUCUCAUAAUAAUUCAGAUAGUGAGUACAUGGCUGGACAACUUGCAUCGUAUGGGUACCGUAUAACACAGGACAAAGAAGAAGCAACUCUAUGGUUGCUUAAUAGCUGCACAGUCAAAAAUCCUUCAGAAGAUACAUUUCGCAAUGAAAUUCAGACAGCUCAACGAAUGGGUAAACAUGUUGUUCUAGCCGGUUGUGUACCUCAAGCUGCGCCGAAGUCUGAAUACCUAAAGGAAUUCAGUGUUGUUGGUGUUCAUCAGAUAGAUCGCGUUAUUGAAGUCGUAGAAGAAACACUUAAAGGACAUUGCGUGCAGCUGCUGCAGGCAAAAAAUCGAAAUGGAAAAAGAGUUGCCGGACCAAAUUUGUCGCUUCCAAAAAUAAGGAAAAAUCCUUUGAUUGAAAUAAUACCAAUUAAUUCUGGGUGUUUAAACGCGUGCACUUAUUGCAAAACCAAAUUUUCACGAGCAGACCUUGUUAGUUAUCCAGUAAAAGAUAUUAUUGAGAGAGCGGUACGUGUUUUUACUGAAGGAGUAUGCGAAAUAUGGUUGACAUCGGAAGAUACAGGAACCUUUGGCAGAGAUAUUGGAUCGUCUUUACCAGAGUUGUUGUGGAAACUAAUUGAUGUAAUACCGGACGGCUGUAUGUUACGACUCGGAAUGACAAAUCCUCCGUAUAUUUUAGAGUAUCUGAACGAAAUGGCUAAAAUUCUAAAUCAUCCGAAAGUUUACAGCUUCCUACACAUACCUGUCCAAAGUGGUUCAGAUUCGGUGCUCGCUGACAUGAAAAGAGAAUACUGUCUUUCAGAUUUCGAACACAUUGUUGAUUUUUUACAAUAUAGUGUUCCUGGAAUAACAAUUGUGACGGAUAUUAUUUGUGGGUUUCCUACCGAAACAGAGACAGACUUCGAAGAAACAAUGGCAUUAUGUGAAAAGUAUAGAUUUCCCAGCUUGUUCAUUAAUCAAUUUUACCCAAGACCUGGAACACCGGCUGCUAAAAUGCAACGAAUACCGCCUUCUUUGGUAAAGGUUCGUACCAAACGUUUAACGGAGUUUUUUCUCAGUUAUGAGCCUUAUGCCUCCAAGUAUGCAAUUGGUGACCAACAAACUAUUCUUGUCACUGAGAUAUCUUUUGACAAAAAAUAUUACGUUGGGCAUAACAAAAAUUACGAACAAUUCUUGUUACCUAUGAAAGAAGGUUUACUGGGAAAAAUAGUACAGGUUAGAGUUGUGGCUAUCACGAAAUUCAGUGUGCUUGCAGAGAUUGCCCAAGAUCAGAAAGACUGGAUUAGUUGUACUAACUACACUAACAGCAAUGUUCUCCAACUACCUAGUGAAAGAAAAAUAACACGGAAUGUAGCAAUGUAUGAGUCUUACUCGAAGUUAUUACUAUUCACGGUAAUAUCAUGUGGAGUAGCUCUUUUAUAUCGUUUAUUACUAUUGUAUUCAAGCAUUGAAUAGUCUACAUUAAUAUCAAUGAAUAUUAUCAAUUAAUAGCUGUAUUCUUAAUCUCACUUUUUUUUUAAUAUUUCGCAAUAUAACAUGUAAUAACACACCCGGCAAACGACCAAAAAGUUGAAGCGGGUGUAAACGAAUGAUAUAAAUAAAAUGUAAUAAAAUUCAAAACUUUUCAA